AUGGGCGGCUUCAUUCCCGCGAGAGAGGCGAAGGUAUGCCCGAUCGGUUCAUACCACUACACCUGCUCUGGCUUCGAGGGUUGCUGUGAGGUGAACCCUUGUGAGACUACCAGAUGCCCAGACGAGUACAACCCUUACUUGACUGCGACUGAGCUUCAGGCCCAGAAGACCAUCGCAUCUGUCGCCGCGCCGGUCUUGGUCUCCCCCACCUCAUCCUCGUCGAAGGCAUCCUCCGCUACCACUGACAAGAAGGCUCAGGCUUCGACCUCCUCUGACAAUCCGACUACCACCUUCAGCUCGCCCGAGCCGACCGCAACCGGAGGUAUUUGGCUCACUGACGAUCGUGGUUCUCCAGCUUCUACCAUCGCCUCCGAUGAUUCCACCGGAACUCCGUUCUAUGUUUCUCCCCACACUUACACCCCAACGGCCCCUGUCGAGACCCAGGCCAUCGACGCUUCGGCUCCUGCCUUGGCGGUCAAGUCUGAUCAACAUGACCUCCCGGUCGCUGCGCAGGCUGGCAUCGCCGUUUCUGCUUUGGUGGUGAUCUGUAUGGUCAUCGCCGCCUACUUUCUGUGCACCAAGCAGAGAAAAAAGCCCAGAGCUUCUCGAGAGUCCAUCAGCUCCAUUGGCAAAGACGGACGCAAGCACAGCUCAGAGGACGAGACCAGCCAGCCGGCCAUGACUACCAAUCCGUUCUGUCCUGAGGAGGUCUUUUCUCCCUAUGGAAGACGCUACGAAGAGCCUCAAACUCGCUUCAACCGAGUUAAUGAUAUGAGUGCCAGUCGCAUGAUGAAUCACCCGGUUAGUCCCGAUACCCGCGAUUCGAUGUCUAUACGGAUGGCGCCGCCGCCGAUUCCUUCUCCUGCGAUGUCACCUGGCACAUUCAGAGCUACGACAGCCAGCCCCGACUUCUUGUCUCGCACCGCAACAACAACUCCCGACGUGGGCUAUCGCACGGCCAAUUCCACUCCUGACUUCACGUCCCGCAUGACAACCCCGGACUAUAUGUCUCGGCUGGGUACUGCUACCCCUGAGCUCCAUGGCCCCCCUCAGCAAGCAGCCAUUGCUGAACUGGCUUCUCCUGGUCUGCCAAAGGUUGUCGAGAUCCACAGCAGUCGUAGCGGCUUGCAGAAGUACAAACCGUACCGCCCCGACGGUGGCUCACUCUACCCUGUGGCGGAGACCACUCCCAGCUACCUCACCGGUACCCUGAACGCCACGGAACAUGAGCGUUCUGAGGGUAGAUACGUGACUAGUUGGUCAAAGUGGGAUCCUGCUGCCUGA